CCGAUAUGAUUUACUUCCGUAUCCUCUUUAUGGGGAAACACCUACUUUCGAAUUCAAAUAAUUUAUUCAGAGCUGAAUGAUUCAGUUACAACAAAGAUAAUGUAAUUAAACAAAAAUGUGUACGUAACUAGUAUGGAAUAACUGAGAAUCAUCACGCAUGUAUAGUUGGAGUGAGAAAUAGGCAACUGUUGAGAAAAGAAAUUGAGUGAAGUAUAAUGCUUUCAAAAUGGCAUCGAACCCAGUAGGUGAUUCUGAUUCAGUUUAUGACUUUAAUUGCACUACUUGUGAAGAAAAUGAUUUGAACACGAAUGCACUGUUUUAUUGUGAUAAAUGCUCCAAAUUUUACUGUCACUUUUGUGUUGGACUACACAAUCAGCUAAUGAAAAAACAUACGGUUCUCGGUAGAGAAAACAUGAAAAUAUGGCCGGUUUCCAAAACCACUGUUCAACCUGUAGCACAAUGCAAGCAGCACAAAAACGAAACAAUAACGAGUUUCUGCGAAGAUCAUGACAGUCUCCUAUGCCAUGUUUGCCAUGUCUACUAUCAUAAGCAGUGCGGUAAUGUUGUUCUCCUAAUCGACAAAGUGAAAGCUCUAAAAACAAAAGAAGAUUUCCAUUUUCUUUCAAGAAACAUUACAACACUACAAGAAAAGCUGAUAGAGAAAACGCAUGGUUUGGACUUGGCUUUGAUGUCCCUACAUAUUACGUGCAAAAAUAACCUCGAAGAAAUCCGGGCGUUUCGUAAGGCAAUCAAUUGUGAUCUUGAUGAGCUGGAAAAACGUUCAAUUGAAAAGUUAGUAGCUUUAGAGUCUGACAUGAGGUCAUUAAUCCAUGCUGACAAAGAAAGCUGCGAAAAGCUCACCAAUACGAUGGAAAGCCUAAAAAGAGAUAUGCAAGAAAUAAACAACGAAACUGGAUCCCUGUAUUUUGUCAUUUACAAAAACUGCCUCGAACAGUUCCGGGAUGCCGAAUUAUCAUUUGAUAAUAUUACACCAAGAGACGAAGUCACAGUUUCAUUUAACCCAAAUGAAGCCAUUAAACGAACUAUGUCAUCUAUGUCCGCUUUGGGAAAAAUUGCCAUUGAAGUUAGUAUGUCUCAAGAUGUAAAUAACCAUCCACAGAAGCAGCAAAGUGAAAAUAUUGGAAACAAACUGUCUGUAUUGUCAGAAAAUGAAAUUAAAGUCAAAGACAAAGCUUUCCAAAGGCACGACAAUUCAUCUGAUACAAUCGAAGUGCUCAAAAUGACGACUAAAUUGACCCAGCACCCUGUGCGAAUGAACGGAGACUCAAAAACAUGUAGUAUAUCGGGUAUAAGUGAGACAAGUGGAGGCCAACUCCUCAUUGCAGACAAGGGGAAUAAGAAACUAAAGCUUUUGGAUCGGACCUUCAGAGUGGUGGCCGAAUAUAUCUUUCCUGCGGAUCCUGUUGCCAUGUGCAGCAUCCACUCUGGACAAGUGGCGGUCGCUGUUGAGGAUUUCGGUCACCACAAUUUACACGAGGUUCAUUUCAUCACCGUUAAUGGGAGUGAUCUGGUGAAGCACAGGAUGUUGAAGUUUGAGCAUAAAUGUUUCGGUGUUGCACACAGCAAAGGCGACCUUUAUAUAGCAUCCUUCACAGAGUUAUUCCACUAUAAUACGAACGGAAGGCUGGUGAAAAAGAUAUAUGAUGAUAAAACAACGACCUGGACAGUUGCGGCAUGUGCGGUAAGUCCAGACGGAGAUAGACUGUACGUCGCUAACUCUGCCUGUAACAAACUGCUCACCCUCAAUAAGGACGGUAUCGUACUUGCCGAGCUCAAGCACAAAGCUCUCGAGUGGAUCUGCUCCAUACCUGGUCUCUACGUGACGGGGGCUGGACACGUGCUGGUUUGUGGAGGCUGGUCAAACAUUAUCUUACAGGUGGACGAGGAUGGAACAGAGAUACUGACAGAGCUGAUAACUGGGAGAAACGCGGCAACUAGACCAAUGUCCGUCUGCUUCAGAAACAGCUCCUCCACACUAGUCGUUGGCAUGAAGGAAGAUAACAACAUCUUGGUCUGCAGAAGUAACUAACUCUCCUAAACGUUUUUAAUUAAAAGUGUAUGUUUGCGAAAGUUAGGUGAAAAAUGAAUGCACAUUGUGUUUUCUUAUUGUAACUGUGAUGUGUAAUGGAUAGCAUGCGUUUUUAAUGUAUUAUUACUAUCAAACGUACUUAAUUUUUCGUUGGGGUAUGAAACAAAAACUAACCGAUCUGUUUAUAAACGAACGGUACUCAGAUAUAAAUAAUUCUAGUAAAUGCAGUAAUUAAAGAUUGUUUGAAGACACACUUGGUUUUGAAUCUUACAAAGUAAAAACUCCAGAUAAUUUUUUUUAAUACAUGAUACGAAUUCGCACAAGAAAUAGCAGGUUACCCGUCGAAACUGGAAGUUGGCAUGGAAUAGAAUUGAACCAAGGAAUGUGUUGUUUAUGUAACUCCAAUACUCAUAUUGGCGAUGAAUUCCAUUGUUUACUCGAAUGUAUCGCUCUCAAUAAUCUAAGGCAACGUUUCAUUGAUAAAAAACAUUGCACGAGACAAACUAUGAUACAAUAUAAAUCGCUAAUGUCCAUCGAUUUUCAUAACUUUAGUGCAUACAGGAAACUAUGUUUGUUCGUUCAAAGACCUAUAGAUAACAUGUUAUCUAUAGGUCUUUGGUUCGUUAUAGAAAUAUUGAAACAGUUUUAAUUUAUAACGUGUUUGCCUCUCUAUACAGUAAAUAUUGUAUGUUUCUACUAUGCUCUCAAUGUUAAAAUAUUGUUCGUUUUUGUUGUAGAUCUAUAACAUAUUAUUUUUCUCUUCCUUUAAAUGUAAAAAUUGCUGCAUAAUAUGUAACCCCUUCAAACAUGUACCUUUUUUAUGCACUUUGUAUAAUUUUUGCUCAUAUUGUCAUUAACUUGGAAACUUGGGAAGAUAACGAUGAGUUUGUGGAUAUCAUUGAUUGUAUUGAAUUGCAUUACGGAAACUAAUUAAUAAUUAACAUAAAAUAAAAUAGUGAGAGGUUAUUUUACCAAUUCAUUUUAGGCCUCAUUCGUUAAGUAAAUUGUUCUGUUUAGUUUCCUAUAUUAUUUCAUCAAGUGUGCAAGUUCCCUUAUUAUUCCAAUGAAUCUUGUUUACCUAUGUAAAUGUGAAUGUGUCGGUAUCAUGUUGCUCUAUUUAUAUGCAGGGUCAUGUGAUAGUCCAGUUGUUUAACCCUUUGAAUGCUGGGAAAUUUGUCGUCUGCUAAAAUGUCGUCUGCUGAAUUUCUAAAAUUAGCAUUUUCUUCGAUUUUUUUCAAAGAAUAUUAUCAGAAUAGCAAACAGUUUGGAUCCUGAUGAGACGCUACGUUCUGUGGCGUCUCAUCUGGAUCCAAACUGUUUGCAAAGGUCUUCAAAAUCUGGUUCCAGCACUCAAAGGGUUAAGGCUAAUCUUUCUAUUCCAUUUGACGGUGCCUUGCUAUUUCAACAUUCUACGUAUUUGUGUUAUUGUUUUUUUUUAUUUGUUUUAUUUGCAUGUUAUUGAAAUUGUUUUGUACCCAAGUUAGCUAAUUCGGUAAUUUUAUAUGUGUAGUUUGUGCUCGUUGACUUAUUGUAUUCAUUUUUUUUUAUGACAUAUGCACCGAUAAUUACAUUUGUUUGCUGUUGCCAUUUUAAAUAGCCUGAAGUUAUUAAAUACACACAUGUAUGCUAUUA